GACUAACUUUUAUUUCUUAUAUUGUUGAUCUGUGAACAUCAUUAAAAUCUUUCUUUCAUUUAACAUAUUAAAAUUCCAUAGUCUAUAAUGAUAAUCAGAGUAGUUUAUGGAUUUAACUGACUCUGAUUUCGUUUAGUAUCCACCAUUCAGAUCAGUUUACUCCAACUCUCUACUAUUCAUAUAACCCAGAACUUUGAUCCUAUACAAAUCAGGUGCUCUUCUUAUCUUUCUUUAGACUUCCUGGCGACUGCCCCGCACGCGCCCGCGAUUAUUUUUCCAUGAGGGAUUUGUGUUGCUCGGUCUGCACAAGAGCUCAAUUAUGUCUUGCUGAAAAACACCGGAACCUACUUCGCUUCGCUGCUGUCUGUGAGUGAGUGCAAUAAUCAUCAUCAAUAUUGAACCGACGGAAGCUUAUGCAACACUAAAAUGUCCUUCUAACUCUCAAUUCCUGUUCGCCUGACCUCCUCUGAGGCAAUAGCCUUCUUGGUCUUCUCCCCACCACAGCUGCUCAACGUACAUUGGUCGAGGUCAGGUUCAUUCCUAAAUACUAAACAAAUGUUCAGUUCAGAUUAGUAAAUGCAAAUAUACACGUUGCAGAGCUUUUCCACGAUGCAGAUCUGUCAUUCAACGGGCUUUCCCUGUGACUGGUCGCUGCCUGAACAAUAAUUAUCUACCCACAUUUUCCAUUGCAACGCCAUUUAUAGGUACCGUUUUGCCCACUUACAGCAAAAAUGCAGAAAAUGGGAACCCAAAAGGCGCACAUAGCGAUGUUUCCCUCAUGGGGAACGGGGCAUCUGAUUCCCUUUAUGGAAUUCGCCAAGCGAAUGGCAGCGGAUCACUCCUUCACUGUAACCUUCAUCACCUCUUCCUUCAUGCUCUCCCGGCCCCAAAUUUCUCAACUCCGCUGCUUGGCGUCUUCCGGUCUGGACAUCCGGGUCCUGGAAUUCCCUUCUCCGGAGGAGGAUACAGAGGAGGAGAAAACCCAUUCUGAGGGUGGGCACUUAUUUAAAAUGUUCCAGCUAGUCGAAAAAUCCAAAGUCCCCCUCCAGGAUCUCCUCCGGACUCUCAAAGACGACAUAUGUGCCUUCAUCACCGACCUCUUCUGCACCGUCAUGAUCGAACCCAGUACUGCCCUGCACAUUCCAGCUUAUGUUUUAUUAACCACAGCUGCCUCAAAUCUCUGCCUGAUGUUGUACCAUCCGACUCUCCAUGCCCAAACCACGAGCUCCCUCUGUGACAUGGACAGACCCGUCGACAUUCCGGGUCUGCCCUCAAUGCCGACCCGGUACUUCCCGGACCCGAUGCAGAGAAGAACAGAACCGAUUUACCAUCUCUUCCUUCGCCAUUCACAUCGCCUCUGCAACGCCGACGGGAUACUGAUAAACACUUUCCAUGAUCUCGAGAGCGGCAGCAUUCGAGCUCUGAUCGACCGGAAGCGAGAGCUCUUCCCGGACGAAAUCGAAAAGGGUCCCGAGAUUUACCCCGUGGGUCCGUUGAUUAGGGCAUCGGAUUCGGAACCCAACGAGAGCGGUUCAGGGUGUCUGGAGUGGCUGGACCGACAGCCAGUGGCGUCGGUGAUCUUUGUGUCGUUCGGGAGCAUGGGGUUUCUGUCGGCGGAGCAGACCAGAGAGCUGGCGUUGGGAUUGGAGGCUAGUGGGGAACGAUUUUUAUGGGUUCUGCGGAAGCCAGAGGCGCAACCCGACUCGGAGAUCCUUCCGGCCGGAUUUGAGGAGCGGAUUCGGGAUAGAGGUGUGGUGUGGAGGUCGUGGGCGCCGCAGAUACGGCUGCUCUCGCACCAGUCGAUCGGGGGUUUUGUGUGCCACUGCGGGUGGAAUUCUGUGUUGGAGAGUGUUUCGUGUGGGGUUCCAUUGGUCGCUUGGCCUCUUGGGGCGGAGCAGUGGACAAGUGCUUUUUUCCUGGUGAAAGAAAGUGGGAUGGCCAUUGAACCGCAGUGGGCGCCCGGUUGGUCUGUGAGCAAGGAGGAAGUGCAGAGAGUAGCGAGGGAGCUCAUACGAGGGGAGAGCGGACGUGCUGUGAGGGCCAGGGCGGCGGAAUUGAAGGAGAGUGCCAGGAAGGCCUGGGCUGAUGGGGGACGUUCCACAGAGGUUCUGUCUGUACUGGCCAGUCAAUGGAAGAGUAACAGAUGAAGCUCUACUUGUGCUUCUGCAACAGUUAUGAGGCUACCCAUUUGGGCAGGGGUUUCGCAUAAAACCCUAGCUAUCUGGAAUUCAAGAUUUGUUUAAGCUGUAGAACAGUCUUUGAGUCUGUGUAUUUCAUUCUCAUGGCCGCAGUUUAGAUUUUUUGUUCA